AUGGUAACGGAAGAAUACAGAUAUGGCGAAGACACAUAUGGCGAAGACACGCAGCCUCUUCCGCCGACCGCGAAUCCUCUCAAGACCCAUCUCAUAUCGCAGCUGAUCGAAGAGCGCCGGGAACAAGAGAGUGGCGACCUCCAGAACCGUAAUCCUCUGGACGAGAGCGAGCCGUUUCAGCGAUUAUGCCUCGCCUGCCGUCGCGGAGAUGUCAAAGCUGUCCAGUCCCUCAUCUCGUUCGAAAAGGUCAACGUAAAUGCCGUCGAUAGAUUCGACUAUCCGCCAUUGACCUUGGCUAGUCUUUGCGGGCACUACGACGUUGUCAAGCUCUUGCUUGAGAACGGAGCUGUCUGCGAGCGCGAUACUUUCCAGGGCGAGAGGUGUCUAUACAACGCGCUCAAUAAUCGUAUACGGUCUCUGCUGUUGCAGUACGAUUACACGAAAUCGUCGGAUCCCCUACAGCCCUGGGCCGCCGGUAUAAACGCGCUGCUUGCGCGGACGCCACUCGACUCGACCGACAUCUCGAUCCACGCCUUCCACAGUGGCUCGGUAGUGCUGAACGAGUUCCGUCUGCACAAGUUUCUACUCGCCGCACGAUCCCGCUACUUCCAGAAUAAGUUUCAGAAGUCACGGACCUCACAAUCCUCGGAGUCAGGCCCUGACCGGCCGAAAAAUGUGCGAAGCUUGCGUAUGGCCAAUACUGUCGAUGCUCGCGCGCUCGAAACAGCCGUCAAGUACAUGUAUCUGGGCGAAGUAACGGAUAUCAACAACCAGGACGUGUUGAAGAGCAUAGAGAGACUGAGCCGGCACCUGGAGAUUCCGGGGCUGUGGGAUAUGGUUAUGGUUUCUGUGGCCAGGGAUCCGCGGAAGCGGAGACAGACACGGACCGCGACCAUCGAAAAGGCACAGAGCGAUAUGGAUGCCUUUUUCCGCGAGUAUGUGCUCGGCAGGAAGAUCACGGUUGAUUCGCCCGAGGAGGCCAACAAGAUCCGCGUGGAACAGAGCAACGAGAGCUUCGCGGAUGUCUUGCUUCAGGCGGAAGAGGAUCCUCCGCUUGAGAACGGAGAUGGUGACGGAGAUGGGUCCGAUGAUACGACCCGCAAGGGACCGGUCACAGUGCUGUAUCCAGUGCACAAGGGAAUGCUGCGCUCCGAGUACUUUACAACCAUGUUCGCGUCGGGGUUCCUCGAGGGACAGAAGCAGCACGAAUCCGAUGCGCUAUCGAUCAUCCGCGUCGACGCAUCCCCGGCUGUUCUGGAGCUCGCGCUGUCCUUCUUAUACUCGGAAAAGACGGAAAUCCCGCUGGAGUACGCGCUGGAUCUGCUCUUCCUUGCCGAUCAGCUGUUCCUGGACCGCCUCAAGCAGAAGUGCAGCCAUGUUAUCUGCACCGCUCCCAGCAACGACGAUCUACCGUACUCCAUCUUUGACGUUGUUCGGGCUGGGUGGUUGUGCCAUGUCAGGAGGCUCGAGGAGUUCGGAGCAAAGUAUAUCGCCGAGAGGCUCGAGAACUACCUCCCAGAUCCCGAACUAGCAGAGGUUGUGGCCGAGAGUGCCGAGAGGAUCAAAGAGCGCCAGGAAACCGACAGUAUUGAAGUCCUCGACGACAUCCGCUACUACCUAGGCGUCAGAUUCCGCCAACGAAUCGGCAUCGAGGACGACUUCGCGGAGAUGGACGAGCCAGACGACGAUGAUGGCGACAACGAGGGGCUGCAUGAUGCUUUCUUCGAGCGGCAGGAGCAGCUGCAGAACGAGCUGCUGGCGAGGAUCGAUGUGUUGCUGGAGGGCUUGAAUCUAGAUGCGUAGACGCAGUGAAUACAUUGGUAGGUACAUACAUGGAGGAUGGGGUACAUAUAGACAUAUUAUGCUUUUUAUAUGGCAUGAAUGCUGCCUGAAGAUGGAUAUAAACUAAACGGAUAUGCUUCACUCGAGCGCGCGGUAUGAUACAGCUUCUUGCGCUCGUGAAUCAUACAGACAGAUGAGAGGCACGGCAUGAUGACUUACGGUACCCACUGGCGCU